AUGCUGCUUCGACUCGCACACACCACCAGCGGCGCCGCUCACGACGGCCGCUCGGUCCUCGCUCUCGCUGCGGCGCAGCUCGGUUCCUCGUCCCUGUUCGCCUCGGCCGGCCACAGCGCUGACAUCCGUCUCUGGCGCGCCACGGCCGCUGGGAUUGAGCCAUCGGGCGAGAUCCGGCCGGGCGGCGGCAGCGUCUUUUCGCUCGAGGCGUCCCCGCUGCCGGGCGGCGACUGUCUGCUCCUCGCGGGCUCCUUCUCGCGCGUCGUCUUUGCCUGGCGCCUGCGAGAGGAGCCGGGCGGCGGCACGGCAGUCACUCCGCUCUGGCAGAGCGCGCAACACACGGGAUGGGACGAGGAGCAGGUGCGGUCGAAGGACAUCCUCUGCCUGGCAGCGUCGACGGGAGGCGCGCUGGCCGCUGGCAGUGUCGACGGGCGGGUGCGCUGCUGGCGGGUGGGAAGCAACGGCGUCCCGACGGGCGUGCCGGUGCGCUGGGCGGCGCACGCUGGGCGAGUGAGCUGCGUGCGCUUCACGCCCGGCGGUGGUGGCCUCCUCACCGCCGGCCUCGACGGCGCGGUGAAGAGGUGGGCGCACGCCUGCUCUCCCGGCGGCGCACGCCUGCUCUCCCAGUCGGCGCUCCUCCCCCGGGUGCACAGCCUGGCGCUGGCCGGCGGCCACGUGCACGCGGGCGUCGAGGGCGAGGUCGUCAGCCUCGAGGGAGAGAGCCUCUCCGAGGUUGGCCGCGUGGCGUUGCCGCCCCGCGAGGCCGGCGCUGAGGCGGAGGCGUCCGGCGCGCCGCGCGUGACGGCCCUCGCCACCGGACGCGGGCUGCAUGGGGCUCUCCUCGCGGGCGACUCGAGCGGGAGGCUGCACUUGCUCGUCCCGCGGGUGAGGGAGUGA